AUGAGCCAACCAAACUUGAAGAAGAAAAACUACCACAGCCAGUUUGAAUUGGAUGACAAUGAGAAGUUCAUCGAAGUCAUUGAAAUUGAAGAUGAUGAUGAUGAGGGCGAGGUGGGUGCUGCACAAGUGGAAGCAAUGAGCAAUGGUGAUGGAUUGACUGGAGCUGCUGCAGAGGGCCUUCUAUUGCUAGGUAAUGUGGCCAAAGCCAAGAGUUGUAAUGGAGAAACUGACAAUGGUGCCAGUUGCAGUAUGAAAGUCGAUCCCAUUAUUGCAACUAACAAAUCAACUGAUGCCAGCAUGGACAAUGUUAAGGUUACCUCUGACAAGCAAAGUUUGCGCGCUGCACGUAAUGCUACCAAACUACGCGCGGCAUUGCAACCGGCAAAUGAAAAAAGAAUCAGCCGUAGCACGUACAAAACCCGUAAGAAUCAUCUUGGUGCUUCCUACAAAGCCCAAAUUGAUUUUCUAAAUUCUGCUGAUGACUUUGGUGCUCGCAAGGAUAUGCGAACUCUUUAUGACAUCGACGAACCAUUCGAAGAAGCUGAUUUGACAGAUGGUGAAGACGAGUUGGGUGAGACAAUGAUGGCAGAACCGAUCGAUAAUGAGUCAGAUGAGGAAUUUUCCAUGGAUGAAAGUACGGUUACGGAAAUUAUGCAAAUGACAUCGAAAUGUGCAAUCGAUACUAAAACGCACAAAAGUAGCAGCGACGCUAUGGUUGGAGUUACGGUGGAAGCAGUCAAGAGUUCCUACACCGUUUUGAAACAAGAAGCCGCCCGUCGUGAUUGUAGCCGUGCCGUGGUUGCAAUGCCCAUGAAAAAAGAUGAUGGAGGAAGCAAUGAUGAUAGCUCUGUUGGAUCUUCUGAAGUUGAAGAGUACGAGCCACCAACAUACUAUUAUUUGACGGAGAUUUUAACCCCCGCUGAUGACGGUACGGAUGCGAUUGACUUUGUGGGUUUCGUAAUUGAUGAUGCACCCCCCACCGAUCCAACAGCCUGGAUGAAAUACCACCGGGGUAGUAAUAAGUGGGUGCACAUUAGUGCGGAACGUGUCUUCUUUGGGAAGCAGUGGACGAUUCGCAAUUUCUACGAAGCGCCUUGCACACAGUUUGUGCCCCGCCACCGUCUUUGGGCUAAGCACGUUGUUGUUGCCUUCAUUCCUGCAUUUGGUAAAUAUACACCGAUCGGCAACUAUGAUGUGUGGCUAAAUGAAAAUGCGUUCGACCCAUUGUCGGUUCCACUGGAUUUCGAAAAGGCUAUUCCUUGCUGUGGCUUGUUUUGCACUGAGUGCAAAGCGGCAUACGGUUAUGAUUUGGAUUUUUUGCCCUGUGUUGGAAAUUGUGAGGACUGA